AACUUCAUGUCUAUCAGAAGAAGUUUGCUGAAAAUUGCAUGUGCGAUAACUUUAAUUAAGAAUAAUCAUAACAUACUCCAUAAAACCCAAGAUAAAAACGAAAAGAAUGCGCUUAGGAUGUGCUAUUGCGCCACCGCCAUCUUGUCACAUGACUUCGAUGUUUGGUCCCGUGACCACGAAUCACCUGUUCCGGGCAGCCGUGUUCCGUGUGGGGUGUAGAUGCUAAGAUUUUGAGUAUUUGGUAUUGUUUUGGUGGACUUUGCGAUGUUGUGAAGCUGGAAAUAACAUCAUGCACAUAGGUUUGAUGGUGACCAGGAAUGAAUGAAGGAGAAAAUAAGGAAGUGAUACCUCAAAAUCUGGCGAUAGUUCAAUACGGGGAUAAGGAGAGCAAUGGCCGAGACCCGGACAGUCCCAUGCAGUUGCAGUAUUUCAAGGCUGGAGGUGCGCCUCCAGGCAAGUACCAACACACGCCGGAUGGUCUCAGACUAGCAGAUCAGGCAUGACUUACCGCGUGGUACACAUCAACACGGGAUCGGGCGGCGGCGGCGAGGUGGUUCAACAGUCUCUGGGAGGCGCAGCGGCGGCGACCACGGCGGCCGUGGGCGGCGGCGGCGGCGCGCAGGGUCUGCUCGGCGCGACGGCGACCGGCGCGGAGGUGGCCGACGCCCAGAUGGCCUACAUCCCGUCCGGCACGACGGCCGGCGACCAGCUGGCGACGCUGAGCGCCACUGGAUCGGGCGGGUUCUAUGUAAUCAGCAGUCCACAGGAGGUGACGAUACCGAGCGGUGGCAACCGCACCGGCGGCCGCUGCGAACUACACCGGGAUGACCGGCGGCGGGCCACCCAUAACGAGGUGGAGCGGCGGCGGCGAGACAAAAUCAACAGCUGGAUCACAAAGCUGGCCAAACUGCUGCCCGAUAAUGGCGACGCCGCUAAACAGAACCAGAGCAAGGGCGCCGUGCUAUCACAGGCGUGCGACUACGUGCAAGACACGCGCGGCAUGCAGCAGAAGUACAUGGACCUGGUGCGGGACAACGAGAAGCUUCUCGAGGACAUCAAAAUGCUCAAACAGAGUAACGAGGCGCUGGUGACGGCCAACCAGCUGCUGAAGGCGCACCUGAAGAGCCAGGGCGCCGUGAUUUUGGACGCCGAUCAGGCGGCGUCCGGAUCGCACUGACGCCGGCACUGGCGCCGUACGGGCGCCGCGCGGCGGACAGACGUGGCCCAGUGAGGGGCGCGCGGGGCUCCGGGCCGCCGUGUGGCCCGGAGCCCGGCCCAGGACCAGGACCAGGGCUCCGUGCUCGGGCCGGCCGCAGUUUCAGUACUCGUGGGCAUGCCGCACCGGGCGGCGGGCUGUGGUGGACGUGCCGGCGGCGACGACGCGAUCGGUGGCGGCCGCGGAUGGCUGCAGCCAUACCAAACUCAUUUAGUUCACCCAUAUCCACAGGACCGUAGUGAGCAGUGGCUCGCAAGCGUGUCUUGAAGUCGGCUAUUCUCGAGUGUGGCUUGAGAACGUGUUAUGUUGUGUGUUAGUGUGCGUGUCUGCGACAUACCAGGCGCAAUACAAUGCUGGACUGUG